CGGGGGCAGCGGCGGCGCCGGGGGGGCCGGAGGGGCGGGGGGUCAGCGGGCGGCGGCGGCGGGGCCCUGGGGAUGCCCUGCCUCCCCGCCAGGCCGGAGCGGCGCGGGGCCUCGCCUUCCCUCCGGCCCGCCGCCCCCCGGCACUCCUCCCCCGCCCCAAGGAGGCCAGCCCCGCCGGGCGGCGCCGUGCCAGAGCUGCCCGCGCCGCCCCGGGGCCGGGCGGGAGCGCCGCCGCGCCGGGACCCCGGGCCGGCCGCCCCAUGCACCCGCCCGGCGCCCCGCUCGCCAUGGCCGAGGGCGCCUUCUCGCUGUCGGCUCCGGCGGCGCGCAGCCCCGGGGGGAACCCGUCGAGGCUGCACAGCAUCGAGGCCAUCCUGGGCUUCCCCAAGGAGGACGGCCUCCUCGGCCCCUUCCCGCCCGACGGCGGCGCCGGCAGCGCCAAGGAGGCGGACAAGCGGGGUCCCCGGCACGGCCUCCCCAAGAUGCCCGGGGAGCCGCCGCCGGCCGAGCGCCAGGGCCGCGCCGAGCGCUUCCAAGAGCCGUACUGCCCCGGCAGCGCCAGCCCCGAGCUGCCCGCCGGCGGCGGCGAGGGGAAGCCGUCGGACGAGGAGCAGCCCAAGAAGAAGCACCGGCGGAACCGCACCACCUUCACCACCUACCAGCUCCACGAGCUGGAGCGCGCCUUCGAGAAGUCCCACUACCCCGACGUGUACAGCCGCGAGGAGCUGGCCAUGAAGGUCAACCUGCCCGAGGUCCGCGUGCAGGUGUGGUUUCAGAACAGACGGGCCAAGUGGCGGCGGCAGGAGAAGCUGGAGGUGACCUCUAUGAAGCUUCAGGACUCACCUAUACUCUCCUUCAACCGCUCACCACAGGCGACCCCCAUGGGCCCCCUCAGCAGUAGCCUGCCCCUGGAAACGUGGCUCAGCCCGCCUGUGCCCAGCGGCACGGCCCUGCAGAGCCUGCCUGGCUUUGUGGCCUCUCCGCAGAGCCUGCCUAGCAGCUACACGCCACCGCCCUUCCUGAACUCUCCGGCCGUGACCCAUGCGCUGCAGCCCCUGGGGGCAAUGGGGCCACCGCCGCCUUACCAGUGCGGGGCCACCUUUGUGGACAAGUUCCCCUUGGACGAGGCGGACCCACGCAACACCAGCAUUGCUGCCUUGAGGAUGAAGGCCAAGGAGCACAUCCAGUCCAUUGGCAAACCCUGGCAGACGAUCUGAGCUCCUUCUUCCAGCACCUGGGACAAAAGCACUGGGAAGGCUGGUACCGGGAUGCCCAAGGGAUGCCCUUGACCCACUCUGGCUCCUCUGGACAAGGACCUGACAACGGAGGGCUGUCCCUCACACCACCUUUUUCCCCAUGCCCUGGCUUGCUUUGUAUUUUGUGGUCUUUUUAAUCUCCUUUUCCACAUGCCCUGCGGAGUUAGGGGUCAGAUCAUAGCUUAGGAAAAAAAUCUUUCGUUCUCCCUUCUUGGCUGGAUGCUUUAGUUGCAAUAAAAGCUGAAGUAGGGCGAAGAGCGGCGUAGGGUGGCUGGGAACCAAGGCCUGUGUGAUCUGGGGAGGGUUUUCUGUUUGCACCAUUAAAUGCCACAACUGGUGUGAAGGCUGUGCGUUGUGUGUCUGCACAAGGGGGCUGCCCAGGCCAGGCCCUUCGCUGCCUCUGGCGUGCGGUGGGGAGCCGCAGGCCUGGCCGUGGCCCUUUCCCUCCUUGCAGCCUAGCCUUGCUGGGGGUCUCAUACUGCCCCCUGCCCCUGGCUGUGGUGGCUCCCCUCAGUCACUGCCGGGAGCUCUUGAUGGGGCCAGAGGUGUGGUCCCACGGCGGGCGCACACCCAGCCAGUGGCUCCAUGCUCUGCAAAGAGUGGCCGGGGCCCCACCAGGGCCCAGCUGCAGCGUUCCCACACCCAGCAGGACAGCCCGGGGGCCGGAUGGGAUUUGCUGCCCCCAUCCUGGGCUGCCGGCCCACGCCACCACCUCAGAGAAGGGUCUGGUAGGUCCUGCAGGUCCCUGGCUCCUCAGCCCAGCCGCUGCGUGGGGGCUGACUGGGGCAGCUGGCCUGGCAAGCCUGGGGUGCUGGCAAGGCACUCGGCUGCGCUCACCCCACACUGCACAGCACCCUUCCCGAGCUGCCUAAACUAAAUUUGCGGCAUCUUUAUUUUCCAUUAUCUCCGUUACUGCCCGUAAUGGGGCUGAGAAGCUGUAAUGAAACACCCCUUCUCCUCCACUGGGCACGGGGCGCUCUGCACACUCUGGAGGUUGUGGCAAUUAACGUUUCUCAUUAGGGAAGGGAGAAGGAUGCACAAGCGUCCUCAUUGUGUCCUGGGGAUGAUUCAAUGCAGACUGGGAGACCUCUCCUUUCACCAUUUCCCACUCGUUGUGGCCAGACAAAGGCUGGCUUCUAAUUAUAUUUUCACAAUCUGUGCGUAUCUUUAAGAGUCCUGUCAGAAACAAGUAUGUCAGCUUUGUUCAGCUUCACUUCAGGGAGCUUUUUAACCUCAGACAGCAGUUUCUAAACAUCCCUUCACAGCCUCCUCCACAGCAGCCCCAUCCGUUGUCUGGAGAGCUCCUUUUGCAGAUAAUAAUGAGAAUCCCUUUAUUUUGAAAACGCCUUUCCCUCCCUCUUUGGCCUCUGUGCGCAUCCAGCCUGCCUCUUUGUAUCAGGCCCCAUGCUGUGUCCGGGCUUCCCUUCCCCAGCUGUGCUGGCCUGGGGGGCAUGUAGGUGUGCCCCGCUGCCCCUUUUACAGGUGAGCUUUGUAUCACUGAGGAUGCCCAGAACACGGGGCUUGCAGUAAGGCACAUCUCCUCCGGUGGCUGUGAGGGAAAGAUGUCUCCUCAUGUUUGUGAUGUGCCUGCACACCUGGGCUGCGUCAAAAGCAGACACACAUUAACAGAUGUCUACACAGGCUGCACACACCCUGGUACCCCAGGGACAGGAACAGUCCUGCUUGGUGUUACUCGGCUUAAAACCCUCCUGCACAUGAAUGCAUUUAAUUGUCACCCAAAACCUGUUUCCCGUGCUUGUUGCUCACGAUUAGCAAGCAAAACCCUGAGAUCUCAGUGGUGUUCUCCCACAUUUUGCUGCUAUUACCCUCCCUCCCUGUUGCCUCCCAUUCUCCGAUGUCCUGCAAAGCCACUUGAAAGACCCCCUGACUUUCUGUUCAGCACCGGAAUCAGCACUGACGCUCAGUAACUUAGAGUCAAGCACUAAUAACAGAUAGCAACAGGACAGUAAAGUGAAGACACCUAUUCACUUUUAUCAAGCUUUUGAUCCAAAAUCUGCAAGCAAAAAAUGGUAAUUACGUCAAGCUGUGUCAAUUGUUCUCUUACUCGGAUAUUAAGCAGGUCUUUUUUAUAUUUUGUAAAUGUGAACCCUGCAAUGGAUUAUCUACACACAAAGAUAAGUUGUGUGCUUCAAGGAAAGUGACAAGUUUAUUGCUAAAAAGAAACAUUCUAAUCUGCUAAACAUGAGUGGUCACAGAGAGAUAAAUAUUUUUAAAACCAAUAAAGGGACAGAACUUGCA